GCGGCUAAAGAAUCCAUCACAAUAUAAGAUUCAAGAUAUUUCUGUAUGGGCGUAGGACACUGGUUCGAUCCUCCCCCGUGAGGCCGUAGCCAUUCCCUCUCCCAAAUCUUGUACGGUCACCAUGAACGAAACGAAAUCCUCUGAUCAAAGUACGCCCGUUCAUGACGACGUUUUCUAUUGGGAAAAUGUCGUGUUCCUGGUCGAGAACAUGCUGUUCAACGUUCCGAGAUAUCAUUUCGAGAGCUUUUCUGUAAUCUUCAAAACUAUGUUCGCUCUUCCCCAAGGAGACAGUCUCAAUGUCGAUGGUUCAAGUGACGAGCGUCCUCUUAUCUUACAAGGCGUAACAGCUCAAGAAUUCAGAUCCUUACUGAGCGUGAUGCUUCACCCAGAGCCGCCUGUUUUGACGAAGGAGGCAUGGAUAGCUGUGUUGAAGCUGUCGAACAUGUGGCGACUGGUCAAUAUCAGGAACAUAGCCAUCCGGCAAAUGAGCGAGAAAGAGAUCUCAUUCGUCGACAAAAUCAUCUGGGGCAGAGACUAUAAGGUGGUUGACUGGAUGAUGACGGGAUAUGGUGGUCUUAUCGACCGUGGAGAUGUACUGUCAUUGGAUGAAGGCAUGCGAAUCGGAGUGCAAGGCGUUAUAGGAAUAUGGCGUUCUCAAGAUAUCUCCCGUAGAAAUGCCGGUCGUUAUCGGCGCGAUACGAGGGGUAUCGUUCUUGAAAUAUUUGCAGAAGAAAUCGGAGACGUCCAAAGGGAGGAGGCGGAAUACAAUUUGGCGGAAUCACGAGCACCAUCUCGCGCUAGUAGAGAACCGUCGGAACCUGGAACAAUGCUGGGUUGGUGAGGGUACGUAGUAGUAGUCGUCGUAGUCGCACUGGCAAACGAUCCAUAACAAGAAACUUACAGCCAAUGUUUUCCGAGUCCGCGUCAUUGUUACCAAGCCUUAGUAGGACUCUGGGCUCAACGGCUCAUUGUCUCACCUGCCAUCCGCGACAUGAAUAAAGGUAGAUAACCAACAACACAUGUCACCUUUCUUCAUUGCCUAGCUUAUUCUACUCCUUGCUUCAAGCUUGUCGCCGCGUUCCGAUGUUCUGGUCGGGAUAUAGAUGUGCACGUACUGAUUUUCCUGUGUAGUAUCACUACUAAUAUUCAUUGAUACCAACGGAGACAAUCAAUCCAGUAUCCAGAACAAAAUUCCAGUAGUUACGAAAUCCCCGGAGCCGACUCGCUGAACAACACCUCUCUCUGAAAUUUCGCACGGUCAACCGUCACC